AUGGUGGAUUUGUCGCAGCGGCUGCUAAUGGAGACAGAGUAUGUGCUUCCCAAGCUUUAUAUCAAGCUCGCGUACUGUGUGUCGUGCGCGAUCCAUUCCAAGGUUGUGCGUGUUCGCUCGGUUGAGGGUCGCCGCAACCGUGCCCCACCGCGUUUGCGCUUCAACCGCGAGAACCGCAAGAACCCAGCUGCACAGCUGGCUGCUGGCGGUGCGCGUUCAUAA